AUGACUAAUGAAGUACAAGGCCCUCGACUUGGUCAACCAAUCAAGGAGCGUAAAGCCAAGGGCGAAUAUUCCAUGAAUCCGCAAGCGAUAAAGUCACGCGCCCGUAGAAGAAGUCUCCCGGUCGACCAACGCAACUAG